AUGGGGGACAUUGUGGAGGAAUUGAGGCGCCUGAACAACAGCCUGUCCUCUGGAGCAGUGCCGGAUGCUCUCCAGGAUGUGGCUGGAAACUCUGCAGCCACAAUCACCAGCCUGGGUGAGCUGCAGAACACCACGGCAGAACUAGUGGGGGAGAGAACUCAUAUAGAGGAGAAGCCAUUUUCCUGUCCUGAGUGCAGGAAAUGUUUUGUAAAUAAAUCAGAACUUGUCACACAUCAAAGGUCUCACACAGAGGAGAAGCCGUAUUCCUGUUCUGAGUGCUGGAAAUCUUUUUUACAAAAAUCUUUACUUGUCAGACAUCAGAGAUCUCACACGGGGGAGAAGCCAUUUUCCUGUCCUGAGUGUGGAAAAUGUUUUUCAGAUAAGUGCGGUCUUAAUCAUCAUCAGAGAUUGCACACACCUGAGAAACUUUUUUCCUGUAAUGAGUGUGGGAAAUGCUUUACAUGGAAGUACAAUCUUCAUAUUCACCAGAGAUCACACACAGGUGAGAAGCCUUAUUCCUGUUCUGAGUGUGGAAAAUGUUUUGCAGUAAAAUCAGUUCUGGUCUCACAUCAGAUGUCUCACACAGAGGAAAAGCCGCAUUCCUGUCCUGAGUGCGGUAAAUGUUUUUCACAGAAGUCCAACCUUUACAGACAUCAGAGAUCUCACAAGGGGGAAAAGCCCUAUUCCUGUCUUGAGUGCAGAAAAUGUUUUUCAGACAUGUCCUAUUUUCAUAAACAUCAGAAAUUGCACACAGGUGAGAAUCUGUAUUUCUGUUCUGAGUGCGGAAAAGGUUUUAUACAAAAACAAGAACUUGCCAUACAUCAGAGGUCUCACACGAAGGAAAAGCCGUAUUCCUGUUCUGAGUGCGGAAAAGGUUUUAUACAAAAACAAGAACUUGUCAUACAUCAGAGGUCUCACACGAAGGAAAAGCCGUAUUCCUGUCCUGAGUGCGGGAAAUGUUUUUCACAGAAGCCCCAUCUUUCCAGACAUAAGAAAUCUCACACAGGGGAAAAGCCCUACUCCUGUCCUGAGUGCAGAAAAUGUUUUGCAGAAAAGUGGCAUCUUCGUAGUCAUCAGAGAUCGCACACAGGCGAGAAGCCGUUUUCCUGCUCUGAGUGCGGGAAAUGUUUUGCACAACAAUCAGGACUUGUCUCACAUCAGAGAUCUCACACGGGGGAAAAG